UUAACCUACCAGGAUUCUGCAUCUUAGCUUUUUCUUCCUUCUUUGAAUAAAUUACUCUUUAAGCUCUCAUAGAUUUCUGAGCAAGUGGAUUUAGUAAUAAGUUAACAGCAUCAUAGAAACAUCCCAUGAUCCCACGCUAAUCAUGCUUUUCUUGUGUAAUUUUACUUUGAGAAUAGCUAUUUAUAAGCUCAUACCAAAACUUGUCAACAACAUAUGAUAUAGCUUUUGAUUCCAGUUCUGAGACAUUUUUUCUGAAUCUUUGUCUAAGUGUAUUUUGUGCUCUGAUUCUGCGAUUCUCCUUGUACUUGGGCAUUAGUAUAGCACAAUGUCAAUGCAGUUUGCCUCUGAGAGUAAUGGAAAUUGCAAUUUAAUGGUGCCUCUCGUUCAAGAGAGCAAUGGAAAUUGCAAUUUGAUGGCGCCCCUCUUUCAAGAGAGCAAUGGAAAUGGGUACCCAUCUUUCAGAAGAUUGGAAGGCAAGGUGGCCAUAGUUACAGGGGGAGCGAGAGGAAUUGGUGAAGCCACAGUGCGCCUCUUUGCAAAGCAUGGUGCAAAAGUUGUACUAGCAGACAUUAUAGACACUGCAGGAGAAAAGAUUUCAUCUUCAUUAUCUUCUGCAGUAACUUACAUGCACUGUAACGUAAGCAAAGAAGAGGAUGUAGCAGAGGUUGUAAGGAAAACAGUUUCAAAGUAUGGAAGAUUAGAUAUCAUGUUUAACAAUGCAGGAAUCCUUGGUGAACAAGCAAAGGGAAAGAGCAUAUUAGACUUUGAUGCAGAAGAGUUUGACAGAGUAAUGGCUGUGAAUGUAAAAGGAGUGGGUCUUGGGAUUAAACAUGCAGCAAGAGUGAUGGUUCCUAGAAGAAGUGGGUGUAUUAUUUCUACUUCAAGUGUAGCAGGUGUAAUGGGAGGCCUUGGGCCUCAUUCUUACACAGCAUCCAAGCAUGCCAUUAUAGGUCUCACAAAAAAUGCUGCUUGUGAGUUGGGAAAGCAUGGGAUUAGGGUAAAUGCAAUAUCUCCAUUUGGGGUGGCCACUUCUAUGUUGAUCAAUGCUUGGAGAGGGUAUGAUGUAGAAGAUGAUUAUGAUGAUGGUGAAUUUGAAAAGUAUAAAAUGGAAGAAUUUGUGAGGAGCCUUGCAAAUCUGAAGGGCCCAACCCUAACAGUGAAAGACAUUGCUGAAGCAGCUUUGUAUUUGGCAAGUGAUGAAGCCAAGUAUGUAAGUGGUCACAAUUUGGUUGUGGAUGGAGGCAUUACAACUGUAAGCAAUUGUAUUGGCUUUUAAACAACAAGAAAAUGAGGCAUAUACUUAUUUUAUAAACGGUUGUACAAGUGUGUUAUCAUUGAUGCAAGAGAAGAAAAUUAUUUGGAGGACUCGUUCAUGAGCAUGACAAACAUUAACAUGUUUGUGUUCUGUGUAAAUUGCUUAAUGAAAAAGGAAUGAGAAAGAUUUAGUUAGAUUUUCUGGCCAAAUUAUGGAAUAUAGUUCAGGAAUUUCUUGCAUUUAAAAGAAGCCUCUUUAUGGUUUUUGGAAGCUUCCAUUAAAUUCAGACCAGUAAAAGACGAGACCUGCAACUGAUAUUAUAUAAAUUAUUGGA